CUCGGUAACGUGUCUUUUAUUUGUUUAUUUUUUCUUUUAUGAAAUGCCACCAAAGUUCCAUAUAAAAGGGAAAGUAUAGAAGCUAGAAAGAGCCAUUUUUUAGUACAGAGUAGAUAGUGUGAGCAAACCAAACAGAUCCUAAGAAUGGAUACAAUUAAGUCAUUCAAGGGCUACGGCAAAGUUGACGAGCUGGAACAGCAAGCCUAUCAGAAGAAGACACGUAAGCGAAUCAUAAUCAUCACAGUGUCUUCCAUCGUUCUAAUUGCGGUCAUCAUCGCUGCGGUUGCAGGGGUCGUCAUACACAACCGCAACAACAAAUCGUCGCCCUCAUCUGACUCGGCCCAGCAAACUCAGUUGUCUCCGGCCGCGUCACUCAAAGCGGUGUGCAAGGCUACUCGCUACCCUGACUCCUGCUUCUCCUCCAUAUCCUCGUUGCCGGAAUCCAACACAACCGACCCGGAGCUCCUCUUCAAGCUCUCGCUACGCGUCGCCAUUGACGAGCUCUACAAGCUCUCCAGCUUCCCUUCCAAGCUCCGUGCCAAUGCGGAGCACGACGCGCGUCUGCAGAAGGCAAUCGACGUCUGCAGUUCCGUCAUCGGUGACGCGUUGGACCGCCUCAACGACUCGAUCUCCGCGCUCGGAACCGUCACCGGAAGGAUUGUUUCUUCGGCGAGCGUCAACGACGUGGAGACGUGGCUCAGCGCGACGCUCACGGACCAGGACACGUGCCUCGACGCGCUUGGCGAGCUGAACUCCACCGCCGCUCGCGGCUCUCUCCAGGAGAUCGAGACCGCCAUGAGGAACUCCACGGAGUUCGCGAGCAACAGCUUGGCUAUCGUGACGAAGAUCCUUCGGUUGCUGUCGCAGUUCGAGAAACCGGAUCACCACCGGCGGCUGCUAGAGUUUCCGCAGUGGCUGGGCGCGGCGGAGCGAAGGCUGUUGGAGGAGAAGAACAACGAAUCGACGCCGGAUGCUGUGGUGGCGAAGGACGGUAGUGAACAGUUCAAGACGAUCGGCGAGGCGCUGAAGUUGGUGAAGAAGAAGAGCGAGAAGAGAUUCUCGGUGUACGUGAAGGAAGGGAGCUACGUGGAGAACAUCGAUUUGGAUAAGAACACGUGGAAUGUGAUGAUCUAUGGUGAUGGGAAGGACAAAACCGUCAUCGUCGGUAGCCGGAACUUCAUAGACGGAACGCCGACUUUCGAAACUGCAACUUUCGCUGUUAAAGGCAAGGGAUUCAUAGCCAAAGACAUAGGGUUUGUGAACAAUGCAGGUGCUUCAAAGCACCAGGCUGUGGCAUUGAGAUCUGGGUCAGAUCGCUCUGUGUUCUUCAGAUGCUCAUUUGAUGGCUUCCAAGAUACCCUCUAUGCUCAUUCCAACCGCCAAUUCUACCGUGACUGUGACAUUACAGGCACCAUAGACUUCAUAUUUGGCAAUGCAGCAGUUGUGUUCCAAAAUUGCAAAAUAAUGCCUAGACAGCCUUUACCAAACCAGUUCAACACCAUCACAGCUCAGGGAAAGAAAGAUCCUAACCAGAACACUGGAAUUAUAGUUCAGAAAUCAACGAUCACUCCUCUGGGUAACAAUCUCACUGCUCCCACAUACCUUGGCAGGCCAUGGAAAGAUUUCUCCACCACUGUCAUCAUGCAAUCUGAUAUUGGGUCAUUCUUGAAUCCGGUGGGGUGGAUGAGUUGGGUCCCUAAUGUGGAACCUGCAAGUACCAUCUUCUACGCAGAAUAUCAGAAUAAUGGGCCAGGAGCUGACGUGUCCAAGAGGGUCAAAUGGGCCGGUUAUAAGCCCACUCUCACGGACACCGAUGCAGAUAGGUUCACUGUGGAGUCCUUUAUCCAAGGCCCUGAUUGGUUGCCAAAUGCAGCUGUGCAGUUUGAUUCCACCUUGUGAUACAAAAAAUGUGUGGGUAUCAACUGUUACUCAUAUUUAACUUGUCUUUUUAAUCACGCUCUUCUAACAUGUAUUACUACACUACACGCAUUUUUUUACCUACUUUUUAUUGGUUUAUAAAAUUCUUUUGUUUGGAAAA